AUGGUGGUGUCAGUAACGAUUGAGUCCAGUGAAACUGAAGAAGAUAGUAAUUCUCAAGAAGAUCGAAAUAUUAAUUUUGAAAUACCUCGUGCAAGAUCUAGUACAUUUUUACGUGCAAUGACUCCAGACGAUGGUGAUAUUUCUCAAGAUGAUGAUGAUUUGAUCGAUCAAGCACGAGAUUUAGUUCGACGUGAUCAAUCGAAUUCAACUCAUUAUAUAGAUAGUAAAGGCCGUGUUUGCGUUUUAUGCAAAUGGAAUCUGCUACCAUGUUGUGAACCGGAUAUUUGCAGAAAGCAUCAUAUACGUUUCAAUGAAUGUUUGGAAAUUAAAAGUCGAUAG